UCAAUCAAAUUAUUUUGUGCAAAUAGCAGGACUUCAUGAUCCGUACUUAGCCGGGUUGCAUUCUUUAUUUUAUAUUAAAAUUUUUUGUAAAUAGAAACAAUCGAUGAAAUAAUGGAAUAUUUCGCAUCACCAAAAAAUCAAAAAAGUGACGAUUUAGAAGUCACUGGAAUUUCACGAAGUGGCAGGGUACGAAAAAAAUCCUCAAAAUUAGUAGAUUUUGAAUCUCCCGAUGACUUUAUGGAACAAAAAUUAAAGAAGCAAAAAACACAACAUGCUCAGCAAAUAUUAGAAAAAUAUGAACAACAGCUUCAACAUCCUAAAUUGCAAAAUGUCAACAAUAUUCAACAAACAAAUUCUAUACAUCAAACAAAUAGUUUUCAUCAAAGAAAUAAUUUUGAUCAGAAUGUGGUACAAUAUAAACAAGAAAACAAUAAUGAUUCAACCUCAGAGAAUGAAGGAGAGUCUUCCGAUUCUGAAUCUGGAAGUGUUAAUGGAAUUGAAAAUGAUGAUAGAUUUAGUUCAGAAUCAGUAACAGAUGAUGAUAUUGAUCCUUUAAUGAUGGAAGAAGUUGAAACAGAAGAAACUACUGGAUUUACAAAAUUAGAACCACCUGAACAGUCAGAAUUACCCUCUAGAGCAAAGAGUAGUUUAUACAUGUUAGAAAAAUAUAAAAAAAAAUUGGUGAUAAAAGAUGGUAAAGUCAUUAAUAAAUCUAUUAAGGCACAACGUAAAGAUAAAGGAAAAACUAGAUUUACUGCUUAUAUGUUGUGGGCUAAAGAUGUCAGACAGCAAUUAGUAGAACAAGAUCCUAAUUUAGAUUUUGCAACAAUAUCAAAACGUUUAGGUGCAUUAUGGGCUACAGUACCUUCUCUUGAAAAAUAUAAUUGGUGGAAACGUGCAAAACGUCUUGCUUUAAAGCCUUCUGAAACAAUUGGAGAUAGUAAAAUGCCUCCACCAAUUUCACGCAAAUUCAUAAAUAAAAUAGCUAUUAGAGAUGCUUCUUCACCUAAAAAGACUAUUCAACUAGGAACCGUAGUUGUAGGAAAUAAAGUACCUGUAUCGCCUCCUUCGAACAAGGUAGGAAAAGAUGUUGCUAACGAGUCCUUCUUGGGCACAGGAAUGUAUAAAGUUACCGGAACUCAACCAAUAGACAUAGCUGCACAUUUAACCUUACUCGGAGAGAAUUUAACGAUUAUAGGUAAAAGAUUAAAAGAGCACGAAGGCCAAAUUACAGUUUCAGGAAGUCUGCCCCUACUUCUAGAUUCUUUAUUAUGUGCUAUUGGCCCAUUACUCUGCCUGACUCAACAAAUACCUGAAAUGAAUGGAGCAAAUUCUGAAAACUUAUCUACUAUUCUUGAGAAUGUGGCAUAUAUAAUGCCUGGACUUUGAAUGAUAAAAUUAAUAUAAACCUAAAAUUUAUUUUGUAUUCCUUUAUUUAAUGAAUUUU